CGCCGGGACUCGCCGCCCCGGGACUCGCGCAGCUCGCAGCGCUCCGGCUCCUCCUUUUCUUGCGACCGCCCUCCGCAGCGAUGGACGGAGACGGUGACCCAGACAGCGUGGGCCAGCCCGAGGAGGCAAGCCCGGAGGAGCAGCCAGAGGAGGCGAGUGCUGAGGAGGAGCGGCCGGAGGACCAGGAGGAGGAGGAGGCGGCGGCCGCCGCGUACCUGGACGAGCUGCCCGAGCCGCUGCUGCUGCGCGUGCUGGCCGCACUGCCGGCCGCCGAGCUGGUGCAGGCCUGCCGCCUGGUGUGCCUGCGCUGGAAGGAGCUGGUGGACGGCGCCCCGCUGUGGCUGCUCAAGUGCCAGCAGGAGGGGCUGGUGCCCGAGGGCGGCGUGGAGGAGGAGCGCGACCACUGGCAGCAGUUCUACUUCCUGAGCAAGCGGCGCCGCAACCUUCUGCGUAACCCGUGUGGGGAAGAGGACUUGGAAGGCUGGUGUGACGUGGAGCAUGGUGGGGACGGCUGGAGGGUGGAGGAGCUGCCUGGAGACAGUGGGGUGGAGUUCACCCACGAUGAGAGCGUCAAGAAGUACUUCGCCUCCUCCUUUGAGUGGUGUCGCAAAGCACAGGUGAUUGACCUGCAGGCUGAGGGCUACUGGGAGGAGCUGCUGGACACGACUCAGCCGGCCAUCGUGGUGAAGGACUGGUACUCGGGCCGCAGCGACGCUGGUUGCCUCUACGAGCUCACCGUUAAGCUACUGUCCGAGCACGAGGACGUGCUGGCUGAGUUCAGCAGCGGGCAGGUGGCAGUGCCCCAAGACAGUGACGGCGGGGGCUGGAUGGAGAUCUCCCACACCUUCACCGACUACGGGCCGGGCGUCCGCUUCGUCCGCUUCGAGCACGGGGGGCAGGACUCCGUCUACUGGAAGGGCUGGUUCGGGGCCCGGGUGACCAACAGCAGCGUGUGGGUAGAACCCUGAGCGACCCUGCCUCCACUCUCCCCCAGUUGCCUGGAGGGCCAAAGGUCGAGGGUAGAUAGGCCUUAACUUAGUCCAUAGCGUCCUCGCCUUCCCCAAGCCACACAUCCUCCUCCCAUCCCUUGCUCCGAUCCCAGCCCCUGAGCAGGGAGAGAGAAGUUUUGUUGGCAUAGGUUUGCUUAGGUAGCCGGCUUCUAGAAUGUAGAUCCGUGAGGGCGUGAGCUUGGACUGGACCCACUGCUGAAUCCCCUGCACCUAGCACAGUGCCUGCCACAAAGUGGGCUCUCAAUAAAUAUUAUUUGUCCAAGGAAGGAAUGAAUGAACAAAUGGAUAAAUACUA